AUGUUACUCCUCCAUGUUACGAUCAACAAGAGCAUGUCGGUCAGAGACAAAGGUCUCCUCUGGUUCUCGGCCUUGAUAGUCUUUCGAUACUGGCGCGCUAUCGUUACCCGAUUCUUCUAUACUCAAUACAAGGCAGCCGACGUGCCGUACAAUGACUUGAAGUUCAAGCCAGAACAUUGUACAGUGAUUGUACCCACAGUCGGCCUCCUGAACAACCCGGUCUUCGCAUUGAUGGUUGAAGGAAUCCUUCGGAACAAGCCUGGGCGGCUUAUUUUUGUUGCAAACAAUGAACAAGCGAGAGAUCUUGUCGAGCGGAAGGUUGAAGCCGUAAAAGAAGCCUUCACAAAAGGAGACAGCGGCUACGAAAAGAUAUGGGAUGCCGUGGUGCCAAUAUUCAAUUGGAAAGAUGAAACAGAGAUUGAGUACAAAAACAUCGUUGAAUCCAACAAGCGCAAGCAGACUGAUACAGCUAUCGGGAUGGUAGAUACAGAUAUCACUAUCAUGGUCGAUGACACUGCUGUAUGGCAUCCGAAAUUCUUGGAAGCGACUCUACCAGCUUUUAACGAUCCAAAAGUUGGUCUCGUUGGAACACGCAAGCGGGUGCAAUACAUACGCCCUUCUCACAUCGAAGACGCACACAACGGAAAAAGUCGCAUACGGUUUUGGUUAAGCUGGUAUCGCUCUGGCUUUUGGAACACCGUUGGUGCGCAGUAUCUUGAUCGCCAUAGCUAUGAGAUCAGGGCAUCAAAUGCUGGUGAUGGCGCCGUAUUUGCCAUUUCCGGUCGUACGCUCGCCAUCUUGACCGCUAUAACAAAAGAUCUCAAAUUCAGGGCAGAGUUCGUGGAGGAAUACGUCCUUACGUGGGUCUCCGAGUGGUUGAGCUACCUCAAAAGCUGGCACAUAUCACCCGCUGGCUACCUCCUCAAAAUUUUCGAAGGAAAAGGUCUAACCAACAAAGGUAUCGGGCCCCUCCUUGCGGACGAUGACAACUUCAUUACGCGGUGGGUCAUCAACCAUGGAUGGAACAUCAAGGUCCAAUCUUCGCCAGAGGCCACUAUGAUGACGAGGUUGGGAAGCGUGGAGAUUUUCAAGUAUGUGGAUCAAUGCGAGCGCUGGAGUCGCACAACUUUCCGUCAAAAUCCCAUCGCGCUCUUUUCGGAUCGAACCAUCUGGUGGAAAUGGCCUAUCGGAGUGUGGACAGUGUACUUCCCGUGGAUGUACAACUUCGCGGUCUUCUGGGAUGGUCUGGCCAUCUUCAACUUUUGGCGAUCCGGACUGUAUCAGAAUUCCUCAAAUGGCAACGCACGACUUGUCUGCCUGAUCCUGGCUAUAUGGGCGACUAAGCUCAUCAAGACCUGGCGAUGGUUUCGAGAGCAUCCUCUGGACUUCCUCUUGUUUUUUGUCAUUCCGGCUUACCCUUUGUUCGGAUACUACCAUUCCUGGCUCAAGCUGUACACAGCGAUUAGCUGCUGGAAGAAUGACUGGUCUGGGAGGGACGUGAAGAAGGCAGAAAAAGAUGCAGGCGCCAUCCUACGCGAGAAAUAUAAAGACAUCAUCAUAAGCGGAAGUAAGAAACAGACCGAUGGGUCUGGAUGA